AUGACUUCGAACAAACCUCCCUCUCCGCCCACAGCAUCCAGCUUCUUCGGAGCCGAAGACUCUGAAGGGCCAAGUUCUUCAUUUUCCAAUUCCAAUUCAUCGUCCACCAUCGACCCAGUCUACUCUCGACGACUGGUCUCCGACGACGUCCCCGGCAACCAUAAGUCGUAUACACGACCAAUCUCGGAUUCCGAAGGCACCCAUACAGCCAAAGGAACUGCAGAUAACGCUGCGUCAUCGCGAGUCGAGGCGGCUGGAGAUGACGAAGAAGGACCAAUUGCGAAUUCCAAUUCUUCCUCUAGCCAAGUCAACGAUCCGGUCUACGGACAGUCUGUGACCAAAGCGGCGACACCUGGCCAAACGAUCGCCACGGGGAAAGGUGCUGGGCAAGUCAGCCCGGCCACUGAUCCGGUCUAUUCGCAAUCACAACCUCGAUCCCGGCCUGAGUCGCCCAUUGCGUCGAACAGGCUGGGCCAGCUGUCGUCCCAGAUCACAUCUGAUCAAGGUAAACCAGAAUCCGAGUCUUAA